AACGCCUUUCUUCGAAUUUAUGCGUUCUAUCGCAAUCUGCUGUCUUCAAUUUCUUAUAUUGACGGAUGCGAUAAAUUUAUAGGUGUCAAGAAUGGCGAAAUUCAGUGUUAAUCUGACAAGGGUGCAUAUCGGAUCAAGGAGAAAUUUAUACCGCAGUUCAUGGACACCGCGGAUGAGCUAGACGUUCUCGGUUUUGGGAACAAAACUAAUGAGUCAUCAACAUCAAACGAGAAUCGUCCCCUUUCUCGACCUACUUGCGAUGAGUAUUAUGAUAUGUCAAACAAGCGACGUGGCAUAGCAUUGGUGUUUUGCCACAUGAACUUCGCGGUCAUGGCCAAAAGGAACGGCACUGAUAAGGAUCGCGAUGACAUCUGUAGUACGCUUUCUGGGUUAGAUUUCGAUGUACGUGUGUUCAACGACCUGAGAAGAAAAGAGCUACUGCGGACACUGAAAAACGUAUCCCGCGAGGAUCACUCGGAGAACGACUGUCUUGUGGUAGUUGUGAUGUCUCACGGCGAUCAGGGCGUCCUCUAUGCCAGUGACAAGAAAUACUACGUGGACUCGUUGUGGGAGAAGUUUACCGGAAAUGCGUGUCCUUCGUUGAUAGGAAAGCCGAAACUGUUCUUCGUUCAGGCUUCUCGUGAAAGGCAGCCUGGAAAAAAGGGAGAAGGAGGAAGAGAAGAAGAAUCACAAGCAUCCGUAGAUGUAGUUGACUCGCCCAACGAUUCUUCGGCCCUGUAUUUUAUCCCAACCAUGGCUGAUUUUCUAGUCAUGUACUCCACAUACGAUGGAUAUUAUUCCGGGAAAGACCCACUGCAGAGAUCAUGCCUCAUUCAAUCUCUCUGUAUGGAACUGGAUGAAAAUGGACGAGAAAGGGAUUUGCUUGCACUGCUUACCGGAGUUUCUAGGAGAGCUUUAUACACAUGUGAAUCAUCUGUUCCGCAUAAUGAGAAGGAUAAUGCACUAAAACCAAUUCCUUGCGUCGUCUCAAUGCUCACGAAAACUUUCUUUUUCACUAAGAAAACCUAAAGUAAAGUAGUACAGUUAUUGGUUAAUCGUCGUAUGCCAAGUGUGAUAAAUACUAAAUGUUAAAUCUUUCCUGUAAUAAAAACAAAAAAUCAUAAAUAGCAAAGCGAUGAUAA